AAUGGGCUCAUGUAAGGAAUGUAAAAAAAUGGUCGGGAUAACCAAUAGAAUAUGAGAAAAAAAUUAAACUGUGAUUGAUAAGACGGAGUAAUAUACAGUAUUUAUGAUAAGAAUUAAUAUGCAAAAAACGACUGAAUCUAAAUUGAUUUCAUAAAUUAUUGAAGAAGCAAUGAUGGGUCGGGAUUCAAUGGUGCGUUUUCGUAGAUCAUAUGUCUAGGUGAGACUGUGCUUGCAUAUGUAUUUAUGAAAGAAAUAUAAAAUUUACGAAUGGUUCACUGUACAUACAUGAACAAACGGAUAAAUAAAAACAUUAUUACACCAUUCUUAUGACGCUUCAGUCACUUCAAGUGUUUGCCGUAGUGUAACCAUAGCAACGUUACCUCAAGGGAUGGUAAACAAACAUUUCAGAAUGCCUUCGGGCCUGUUCCCUAACCCAAGAGUACAGCGAAAGAGAGACUUUCAACGGGUCACUAAGGCCAGUGUGUGAUGCAAUGAGUAAAUAAAACACGCCAGUUUCCAAACGACUGGAAACGUCUUCGCUCGUUUGAUUUCAUUAAGCGAAAGGCAAAACCAGGCAAGAUGAUGGUUUGGGAAGACAGAGACGUUCGAUUUGACAUCACGCCCCAGCAAAUGAAAAUGAGACCUGGCGAGAGAAUUGUAGACAAGCUGGAUUCGAUCGAGGACACGAAGGGAAACUCUGGAGACCGUGGUCGGCUCAUCAUUUCCAAUCUGAGACUUAUCUGGCACUCUCAUAACAUGCCUCGGGUGUCAUUGUCUGUUGGCUUCAAUUGCAUCAUAAACAUCACUACAAAAACUGUCAAUUCGAGACUCCGUGGAAUAACCGAAGCUCUCUAUAUACUAACCAAAGCCAAUAACACAAGGUUUGAGUUCAUCUUCACCAACUUGAUUCCCGGCAGUCCACGGCUCUUCACGUCAGUCAUUGGAGUGUACAAGGCUUAUAACUCUUCCAAGAUGUACCGUGAACUGAAGCUGCGCGGAGCCAUCAUCCAGAAUAAACAGCUGCGCAUUCUACCCCAAGAACAGAUAUUCUCACGAGUCAACGGUGUCUGGAAUCUGUCAAGUGAUCAGGGCAAUCUCGGAACUUUCGUCAUCACCAACGUACGACUAGUGUGGUUUGCUAAUAUGAAUGAACUCUUCAAUAUCUCCCUGCCAUAUCUUCAGAUAGCGUCGGUCAAAGUGCGGGAGUCAAAAUUUGGACUGGCCCUCGUCAUCGAGAGUUCCGAAGCAAGCGGAGGGUACGUUCUUGGGUUCAGAAUUGACCCUGUAGACAAACUGCACGAGGUGCACAAGGAGAUCUCGUCCUUAUUCAAUGUUUACUCCCAGUGUCCGGUCUUCGGGGUCGAAUUUAUUGUGCAAGAUAAGGACCCUUUUGCACUGGAGGGAAUGAAUGAGAAUACAGUACCUCGAGCCUUUCUAUUGGUCACUGGUGACCAGCCACCGAGCGAGGAGGAACAGCACAUACUUCCAGAUGUUGACGAGAAUGAGAUUGACGAGACAGUGAACGACACCGCUGAUAUUUUAGCCGCGUACUUGGCAGAUGGGAACCACAAUGACAGGGAACCUACAUUUUCCAACGAACUUGGUCUGCCAUUGAAAAACUGAAGGAUGGUUACACCUUACAUACGCUAUGGGAGGUUAUACCAAGUUAGAAGAGUUCUUCAGUAUACCCAUAUGUUGUCCCAGGAAAAUACCACUGGACUCGAAUGGUAUGUUUACUCAAGAUUGACUGUAGUUUGCAGAUUAUUCGUUUUAGUUUAGUAUAUCAUAUCAUGAUAUAA